AUGAACAAAUAUUUAAUAAUAUUAUUUAGUUUAACUUUAUUAAUAUUAGAAUCUGGUUGUUCAGUUGAUAACUAUUUACUUGUUCAGCAAUUCGAUCAACCUUCGUGUAGUGGCAUUGUUCUUACUUCAGUAUUCUAUCAAACGAAUCAAUGUUUUCAAGGCAUCUUGGCAACGUGUAACUCUCAGACAAAUAUAGCUUCACUUUCGAAUUAUAACAAUACAGAAUGUGAAGGUUCACCUUCCACUAUGAAAUUUCAACUUGGUUGUAAUAGUUUGACUGGCUUUUCAUGUAUCGAACAAUUACCUACAGACAUACCAUCGACCGUUGGAAGUAGCAACUAUUUCAAUUCAACAUGUCAGAAUGAUCCUUAUUAUGUUGAACUUAAAACCAUUGGCAUAUGUACAAAUAGUGCCGUUGUACAAUGCAACUCUACCGAAUUAACAAUCUCGAAAUUUGAAAAUCAAGAUUGUACAGGUCAACCUUCAAACCAACAGCAUAUCCUUAUAGAUACACAAUGUAAAAUUACAACAAAUGGAUCAUCUCAAAUAAUAUGUAAUAGUUAA